GACGUGCAUCCUGACAAUGAUUUUCAUAACUUUGUACAACAGCGAUAUGGAAGGGAAACCAAAAUUUUUCUAACCGUACUUUCUCAUACGCAUGCGAACAGCACCAAAUACUAACGUAUUACAAAGCAUUGAUUUUCAGCCUAUACCAAUCGAGCGACAAUCGAGCGGACAAGCAGCUGCAGCACAGACUUAUGAGCCGAAUGCCGAUUAACGCACCGAGCAAAAAUGGCGGAUGACAAGGAUCCUCUGAAACAGUUAAGAGAUCUAACACAGCUCAAAAAUCAGCUGGAGGAGAUCCAGAGGCGAGUAGAGCACGAAGUAUCUGCAGGAAUUCCCCAGGGUGGUUCAGUGUUGGGAUCGCCAUUUUUGAAAGGCUUUUUGGCCGGUUAUGUGGUGGCCAGACUACGUUCAUCUGCCUUCCUGGGAGUACUGCUGGGAACAGUCACUGGCAUGUAUGCAGCGCAGAAUUAUCAAGUGCCCAACAUUGAAAGGACCUUUAAGGACUACAUGAACAACUUGAAAAAAGGACCGAAGUAAUCUGGGA